AUGGAUCUGACACAGGUGCUGCCGGAGAAAUUGCUCGCCGACGUGCUCCGCCGCGUCGCGCCGCGCGGCCUUGCCGCGUGCCGCUGCGCCUGCAAGGCCCUGCUGGGCAUCAUCGACGCACGUCGCCUGCUGCGCACGGACCUCCUCCCGCACUCCGUCGCCGGCAUCUUCAUCAACUUCCACAGCGAAGGUUUGCCGGAGUUCUUCGCCCGUCCCUCAACAGGCCCCACGAUCUCCGGAAGGUUCGACUACCUGCCCCCACACAUUGGGGACUCCCAGUAUCGUGGUAAAAUCGAGGAUCAUUGCAAUGGCCUUCUCUUACUCGAAGAUUAUUUCGAGAAUUAUUAUGUGGUUAACCCGGCAACGAGACAGUGGAAUUCUUUGCCGCCGCACCCUUCCAUGUCCAAGUCUGGGGAGAUCGAUGCUGACUUCACAUACCAAGAGUACCUCAUCUUUGAUCCCACGGUAUCACCCCACUAUCAGGUACUCCCUCCAGCAUUGGAUGAAUUAGACACUGUUAUGGAGGAAUCUGAAUGGCCACCAUCUGUUUGUGCCCUGCACGUUUUCUCCUCGAGCUCGGGCCGUUGGGAGGAGAGGUCUUUUAUUCGAGAUGGGGAGGCUGCAGACACCAUCGCUGAUAUGCGGCGGCAUUUCGACAAGCACUAUGCUGUCUACUGCCGGGGUGCACUUUACAUGCACUGCAUAACUGAUUUCAUAAUGAGGUUCUCUUUGUCAAAUGAUAAGUGCCAAGUAAUUAAACCACCGAUACAUGGUGAACUGGGGGAGUGCCCAAAGCUCCAUCUUGGACAAUCUGAAAAAGGGGUCUACCUUGCAUCUAUUUGUGAAAUGUCUCGUCUUCUGGUUUGGGUCCUUGACGAAUCGUGUGGUCAGACGAAUUGGGUCUUGAAGCAUAACAGUUGCAUUCCACCCAUACUGGAUUAUGAUCGUCCUAUUCUUGGCCCAUGGGUCUUACAAGAUAUUAACUAUGAGUAUCUCAAAGAGAGAAAGGACCACACUGAUACGGAAGACAUGAAAUAUCUAAAAGAGAAGAAACUACAGUUGAACUCCAGUAAGGAAGUGCUAGUGGAAGAAAAAAUUGAAUGGGACUCUCAAAAUGACAACAUCCUUCAUAAGGAAGAUGUGGUUGAUGCUCAUGGCAAUGGAUACUUCGAUAUCCUUGGGUUCCAUCCAUAUAAAGAGAUUGUCUUUCUGGAUGUAUCAAUGUACAGAGGAUUGGCCUAUCAUUUGAAAGAUUCAAAGGUUCAGGACCUUGGCUACUUAUACCCAACAACUUCUCAUUUAGCAGUGCUGAACGAGUAUUUCAUAACCGAGUCAUUCCCAUACACACCCUGUUGA